CAUUAGUUUUAUAUGCGCAUUCACCGAACCCUUCUUAGUGAAAAAUAAAAUGUUUUUUUUUUUUAGAUUCAAGACAAAGUUAAGUGUUUUUGGUACCACUUUCGUAUGGAGAACAUAUUCUAAGUAACACAGACUUAAUUUGGAGUUAUUUGGUUAGGGCAGGGGUAGGGAACCCAUGGCUCUAGAGCCGGAUGCGGCUCUUUUGAUGAUUGUAUCUGGCUAUCAGAUAAAUCUUAGCUGACAUUGCUUAACACGAUAAGUAAUUAAUAAUUCCGCUGGUAAUCACAGUGUUAAAAAUAACCUUCAAAUUAUAAAACAUUCUCAUGCAUUUUAAUCCAACCAUCCGUUUUCUAUCGCACCUGUUCAAGAUGUCGCAUUAAUGGUAAGAAGUAUUAUACUUAUUAUUGGUUAACUUUUAGAAUAACAAUUUUAUUACAAAGAAUAAGAAACUUACUGGCUUCACGGUGGCAGAGGGGUUAGUGCGUCUGCCUCACAAUACGAAGUUCCUGCAGUCCUGGGUUCAAAUCCAGGCUUGAGAUCUUUCUGUGUGGAGUUUGCAUGUUCUCCCCGUGAAUGCGUGGGUUCCCUCCGGGUACUCCGGCUUCCUCCCACCUCCAAAGACAUGCACCUGGGGAUAGGUUGAUUGGCAACACUAAAUUGGCCCUAGUGUGUGAAUGUGAGUGUGAAUGUUGUCUGUCUAUCUGUGUUGGCCCUGUGAUGAGGUGGCGACUUGUCCAGGGUGUACCCUGCCUUCCGCCCGAUUGUAGCUGAGAUAGGCGCCAGCGCCCCCCGCGACCCCGAAAGGGAAUAAGCGGUAGAAAAUGGAUGGAUGGAAGAAACUUACUAUACUCUAAAAAUGUUGGUCUUACUUAAAAAUGCACGCAUUUAGUUGUAUUCAGUGUUAAAAAAUAUUAUAUGGCUCUCACGGAAAUACAUUUUGAAAUAUUUGGCUUUCUUGGCUCUCUCAGCCAAAAAGGUUCCCGACCCCUGGGUUAGGGUUAGGGUUAGAGGGUUACGGUUAUAAUGAGGCCAUGCUGAAUAAGGCAUUAAUAGGUACUUAAUGAUGACUAGUUAAGAGCCAAUAUGUUACUAAUUUGCAUGUUAAUAAGCCACUAAUUAAUGGUGAAUAUGUUCCCAUACUAAAGUGUUACCAUGUUUUUUUACUGGUGCACAAAAUGAACCGUGUAUGAACAUCACCUUUCUCAAAUAACAAAACCGACACAGUGCAUAAACUCAACAAAUUACACACCGGCAAAUCAAUGUGACUUCUGCUGUUGCCGUAUCCGUAAUACGCCGAUAGGUAGAAGGUUGUGUUUUGACCUCCGCCGAACCCCUGAUGCCGACUCACCGAACCCCUAGGGUUCGAUCGAACCCAGGUUAAGAACCACUGAUCUAGUUUGUUCAUUUUACAUACUGCACUCUUCUGACACAAAUAACCAUGGCCGGGCCUCAUGCUAUUGUCAUCUAUUGUGAAACGGUGGGGCCGGUGGGCCUUUUCUUUUUUGUUUCACAUAGCAUGGAAUGUCCCAGGGGGCUUUUACUGGUGCGGUUUUGGGUGGGGGUCGAAUGGAGCUGCCGGGUUGACCUCCCGCUCACUGGAACAGUCCCUCGAAACUCCCAAAUCACAUUAAAGCAUCACACGCGUAGAAAGGAGUGAGGAUGAAAAGGGGGAGAACCGGCAAGCGGGCCUGAAGGUUGCGGCCAUGAGCUCCCAGGCUGGGGCCAGCGGGGAUUGUAGUGUGGAGAAGCUGGUGAGACCCCCAAUGCCGGGACGGAAAGUCCACAGAGUCACAAGACAAGUUAAGACGAGAGAACAAGAGGACAGAGGGGCGCUCGUCAGAAGGCCCAUCAGCAUCGAGACUAUUGGGAAUGCAUCAGGAGAAAGCAUGGCGAGUCUGUCGAGCUCUGAGGCGGAGGGAUCGAACAACGAGCCAAGAGGAAGCUCCGCCACCAACGUGAAACCACAAGCCUCUGUCCAAGCCAGAUCCACUCCAGCGACCCCUCAGAGACUCUUGUCAUCCAGGACACAUGCAGUGGACCCCCGCAGCUGUCCUGGCAGAGACCCUGAUCCUUUCUGGCUGGAAGUGCAGAGGACAGGGUGGUCAUGUGAGGAGGAGGUGGAUGAGGAGGAGGCGGGGGCAAGUGGGGGGAUUGACGCGAUGAGCCCACCUUUGACCCCGACACCGCUGGUGUCGUUGGUCGGGGAGAGGAGGAUGAGCAGAAGAGAGAGAAAAAGGAUAAAAUGUCUGAGAAGGAGGCAGAGGAGGAAGGAGCGAUGGAGACAGAGUCAGCUGCAGAGUUCCACAGCUAACGUUAGCAGCACCGACAGCUGCGACGACGACGACGACGACGAGGAAGAAGUGCUGAGCAACAAAGAGGGUUACAUCUGCGCCGUGUGUCUGGACGUCUACUUCAGCCCGUACAUGUGUCAGCCCUGCAGGCACGUCUUCUGUGAGCCUUGUCUGAGAACGCUGGCCAAAAACUGUCCCGCCAACACCCCCUGCCCCCUCUGCAGGACCACCAUUACGCACGUAUUCUUCCAGAAGGAGUUAAACAAUAUGGCGAGGACCUUCUUCCCAAAGGAAUACCUGUGUCGGAAGCAGAACUUCCAGAAGGCGAGUUGUGCGAAAUGGCCUCUUCCGAGCUGCAGAAAGCUCUUCAGAAUAUUUGGAGGUUUCAGGAGACCUUCCAGUCCAGGAGCGUGGCGCCAGUUGCCCCGCGGGGGAGCCUACCGUCUGGACGCUUUGGACUUUGACAACGACACCCAAGGGUGGCACUUUGACAUGGACAUGGUCAUCAUCUACAUUUACUCGGUCAACUGGAUCGUUGGCUUCUUCAUCUUCUGCAUUCUGUGUUACCUCUUUUUCCCCUCUUUUUGAAAACAUGGAAUGAAUAAUGAGAGAUGGAUAUUUGAACGGAAUUGUGUGACCAUAGCAACAACAAUGUCAUAGAACAACAAACAUUAGGUACAUCUGCACAAUUGAAUUACAGUCCAUUCAAUAGAAGAGCGUUAACAAAAAUGAAUAAUAACGCUUUUAUGUGUGGAGAUUACGAGAAAUGGCCAUGCUAGACCACUCAAGCAGCAUGUUGUUAUCAUCAAUAUUAUUUUUACUUUAGCAUGUGCCAGCCUAAUGCUAAUAAAUACCGCCAUUAUUGCUUGAAUGUCUAGUGAUAAAUAAUCAAGGCCUCAGUGUGUGUGUGGCACACUCACUGGCUGUAUUGACACUGCAGUGAUGCUGUGUUGGUGCUUCAUAAUAACCCUUUCGUCUGCAUUAAGGAAGGGGAUACAAAAGGCCCUAUUUGUUGUCAGUUUACCUAAGACAUGAAACGGGAAGAAUUGGGGGGGUUGGGGGGAUGCACAACCCACUAUCCGCAUGGCAAUAGAGUGUUGAAUAUCUUAAAAUGUGUUUUGUGGCAAUACCAAUUUUGACCACAGCGUAAAGUGGCGCUUUCCACCUUUUUCGGCAGACCGCAUUACAAAAUGAUUAAUACGGGAGAUCCAACCAGAAUGAGGUCGUGUGAAUUUCUUCACUAUUGAACAUUUGAUCGGCAAAUAAAAUAUAUAUAGUUCCAAAAUAUAACUGCAUUUUCGAACGAACAGCUGUUAUAUAUAAUAAAUAUUAUAUUUUAUAUAUAUGAUAUAGACCACGGGUCACCAACCUUUUUGAAACCAAGAGCUACUUCUUGGGUACUGAUUAAUGCGAAAGGCUACCAGUUUGAUACACACAUAAAUAAAUUGCCAGAAAUAGCCAAUUUGCUCAAUUUACCUUUAAUAUAUAUAUAUAUAUAUAUAUAUAUAUAUAU